CAGCUCCCAUUCACAAACCUCCGAACCCACAACAUCUCUGAAAGAACCUAUAAAGAAAACAAGCAACAAUUCUACCACAAAAUCAUCAACUAAAUCUCAAAAUUCGUUUAGUAUUGUCAAAAAAGAACCAGAAAUAAAAAUACUUUGUCACAUUGCGGCAAAAAAUAAAGAAGAAAUCACACAACCCAUAAGAGAAACAUUAAUACGUCAAGUCAAACUGCGUAAAUCCAUAACUAAAACAAUAGAAAAGGGGGAGGAAAAUGAAUGCGAUGAAGAAAAGUUGAAUGAAAAUGUUAAUGAAAUUAACAAUAAAAUGCAAAUUAAAAAUGUACAAAAGACUGAGUGUUGUGUUGAGGAAAUACCUAAAAGAACUUUAAGAUCUCCCAGAUUGUCCGGUGGUAAAACACUCUUAAGAAAUACCAGAACUAGAUCUCAAAUACCCAACGAAUCUAAGCAAAAUCAUGAAACAUCUUCGUUUGUUUGUAAACUUGAAACUGAGGAUGAUAGUAUAUCAGUAAGCAAAAUCUUAGAUACCAAAUGUGAUACUCCCUGUUUAAAAGUGGAAAGUCUUAAAGAAGAAAUGCUAGAACAAAAUUCCAAUGGUGAUGAACUAAGUAUUAUAAAACCGGCUAUACAUUUAGUUGCAUCAACACCCAGCAGCAUUAUACAACAAAAAUUACAAAUGGCUUUAGAAGAGUCACGUAAAUCUAAGCCAAGCAUCUUUAUAGUUCAAGCUUUGGAAUGUAAAAAGGAACAGGUGAAGUCAUUGGAUAAUUUACACUCCACAACUACAGCAAUAUCUGAAGAAGAACAACUACAAACAACAAAUAUGAAUAAUGAGCGUAAGAAAUCUCUUAAAUUGGAUAAUAAAUUUAACAAAAACCACAUAAAACAAGGUACAAAAACCCGCAAAGGCAAAAACUAUCCCACCUUCAAACGUCGUUUGCGUAAACGUAAAAUUAUUGUUAUAAAAACAAUAAAACCAAAACAAAAAUCAUAUGCCUCGUUACAUGAAAUCAAAAGGGAACUCCGUUCAUCACCUAGAAUUAACGAAAACAACAACAGGAAAUCUCUUGUAAAUAAUCAAGUCAACAACAAUGGAAAGUAUGCGCAGCCUAAUAAAACAUCCACUCUGAAUGAGGCAAAAAGUUAUCGUACUGUUCACACAGAAACCAAAGAUCUGGAAAUAUAUCUUGAUAAACAGAAUAAUCAAACGAAAACUCGUUUAAUGGCUAAAGCCUCAGCUUUGCUAGAAAGAUCACGCAUGACUUUGCGUGGCAACUGUAAUACAAGCAUAAAUAAAUCUAAACUUACAUCACAAAUUCAAAGAUCUAAACUUAGUUUACAUGGUACUAGAACACAAAUUCUAAGACCCAGACUUGUUAAAGCAACAAGUGAAAAGAGAAAAUUUAAAACAACAUCAUCAUCAACUAAAUUACUCUACGAACCUGUUAAAACAAAUAAAACUCUAGAACACACAAAUAUUCCCAAAAUGAAUCUACUAGAAAAUGAAAAUGUUGUCGUUUCCUCUACAACAAAUACCUUCGACGAAAGACCAACUCAUGAACCUUUGCCCACAGCAUCGCCUAUUACUUUAAAAUCCCUACAUAAUGCAGCUUCCUAUGUCAUUGCCUCCUCACCCAUACAAACCAAAGACCAAUUUACACAAUGCAAUACUAACAGUGGUGUACAAUAUCUUAAUACCUCACCAUUGCCUACACAAACUAUGCGUAAUCCUUUAAAAUCUGAUUACGGUGUUGUUCUUCAUAUUUACCAUGAA